AGCGUGAUGGUACGCAGGCGUAUGUCCACCCGGUAUAAAAACUACCCUUUGUUGUUUACAAGUUGUCAUAGAUACACACGGGUAAACGGGUCUACCAGUGUACAUACCGGUCUAUGUAUAUACCCAUUCAGUCGGCUUUUCAUUUUAACUCGCGCCAGUAUGACGAUAAGGUCAAUAAAAUUCCUCCGGCAACAAGUGAUUAUCGUUGCUGUAUUGUGCUCGAUCCUCAAAUGGACUGCAGCAUUGAACUGCACGAGUGACCCGUGCAUGUAUGGAAUUUGUCUUGACAGCGUAAACAGUUCAUACUCGUGUUACUGCAUCGACGGUUACACCGGAAUAAAUUGCGAGAUAAAUUGGGACGACUGUUGGUCGGAUCCCUGUAUGAACGGUGGCACCUGUACAGACGCCGUUGCCGCUUACAACUGCACGUGCCCCGAUGGAUUCAUCGGAACUAAUUGCGAGCAGAAGUACAGUGAGUGCAUGAACCAGCCAUGUCUCAAUAAUGGGACUUGCAUCGAUUAUAACGGCUUCACGUGCCAGUGCCAAGACGGAUAUUCUGGUGAUUACUGUGAGAUUGACAUCUCCGUAUGCAACAGCACGAUCUGCCGAAAUUCAGGAGAAUGCAUCGAUGGUGCCGGCUACUCGUUCACUUGUAAAUGCAAGGAAGGUUGGACAGGUGAAUUCUGCGAGGAGGACAUCGACGAGUGCCUGAGCUCUCCAUGCCUCAACGGUGGACUCUGCUUGAACGUCCCAGCGUCCUACACUUGUGCUUGUCUAUUCGGCUUCACCGGAAAGGACUGCGACAAGCCGGUCGUCUCCUGCGACGUGAAUCCCUGUCUCAACUCUGCCAUGUGCCUUCACGAAGACGGUGAGCCCGUUUGCUACUGCGUCCCAGAUUACCACGGUUCCCUCUGCGAGUUGAGAUACAACGAUUGCGAAUCAAAAUUCGCUAGAUGUGAAAAUGGUGGUACCUGCAUUGAUGGCAUCAAUGCAUUCACCUGCUCCUGCCCUGCACCGUACAGCGGAGCCGCUUGCGAGGAGUUUAUCCCGGGGAGUACCUCCCCACCAAGUACUUCCGCUAUGACACGCACCUCAACACCGAGAAGUGUUAAUGUGACUCAAGGUUACGAGAUAAAACCCUUUACAGACGCUUUUCGUCAGGUGUCCACUGUACCUAUUGACAUCGGCACGUCGACGAGGCAGUUGGAAGGGCAAAGUACUACUUCAAGGCCCCGUGAAGAGUCAAUCACUACGUCAAAGUCAUUGGGAAGUCAAAGUACAUCAAAAAGUCCUGUUGAUGACCAAAGUACGACAAAAAGUACGUUUAGAAGUCAUAGUACAACGAAAAGUACUUUUGAAGGACGAAGUAGUGAUGAUUUUGGAGGAACUACGUCCACCGAUUAUGUGACUCAGAGUACAUUGAGUACUUUAAGUAGUUUUGGAAGAGUUGGUACUUCUGGUGGUACUUCACCGACUGUCUUCCAAGUACAAAGCACUACGACGAGUUAUGGAUGGACGGGUGGAUGGAAUGCGACGGCUAGAGAAUUAAGUGCAAGUACUAUUUCGAGCACCAGUGGUUUGGGGGGUUUGACUACGUCAAGUACUUUGGAAGGUGAAACGAUUGGGGGGAAGGAAACGACGGUGAGCGGUGCCGGAAUUAGUACUUCGAGGAGCAUUGUCAGGGGGAGGGAAGGGACAACUGUAUCGAGUGGAGGAGCGACUGAUGGAGUGGGCAUCGUCACGAUGGUCAGUGUGACACGGCCGGUGGAAAGUACUACAAAAGUAUAUGAGGGGGAAGUUAGUACUUCGGAUGGAGAGGAUGCCACCAGGGGAAUCUCGUUUAAUUGUACGCAGGAUGGGAAAAAUGGCACUAGUUGUGAUUGCACUUCAUUGGAUGGGUGCAGUCCCUUCCCGAGCAUCAAAAAUGCUGCAUUCAAUGGAAAAUCCUACGUCAGACAGCAGGUAAACGUCAAAAACGACGGAAUGCUGAAAAUUUUCUUACAGCUGAAGACAAAAUCGAAGAGUGGAAUUAUUCUUCACGCCUUCUUCGACGAGGAGAGGUAUGUUCUCCUGUAUGUGGAGUUCGGCCAACUAAAAUUUCAGUUCUCCUGCGGUUUGCAAACGAUGCUCCUCGGGGAGAUCGAUACUCCUAUUAACAAUGGACACGAUGUUGAUGUUGAAAUAAGAUUUCGUUACCUGGUGGAAGACAGGGUAGGCAAAUGUCUGGCGAAAUUAUUCGUGAAUGGAACGAUGGCAAUGAGUGGAGAACAGAUGUUAGCGGCGCGGGAUGACAUCCCGGGAUCAGUCAGACUGCACUUGGGGGGAAUCCCCCAGGCGUUCUCCCACUAUUUUCCCAGGAUUGCCCUGGGCUUCAUCGGCUGUAUGGGCGCUCUAAAGGUGAACGAUGUACAGAGGCACUUCAUUGAUGAUUCCUUGGAGACCUUUCAAAUUGAGGAAUGCACCUCAUUCCUGUGUCUACUCAAUCCUUGUCAGAAUUUCGGUUCUUGUCAUGAUAUUGAUGGCAAAGUCCACUGCAAGUGUAUCGCAGGAUAUUCGGGAGAAAUGUGUGAAAAAACAGCCUGUGAUGAUAACCCAUGUUAUUUUGGCGCUACUUGCAUUAGUUCACCUGGUACCGGAUUCAUUUGUAUCUGUCCACUAGGAAUGCAUGGGCUGCGGUGUGAAGAAGAAUCCACAAUAGUCCAGCCUUCGUUCUCCGUCUUCAUCCCGGGUUUCUCCUCCUACGCAGCCUAUGGAAUAAAUACGGGAAUAAAAGAUAGCAUGGAAUUCAGAAUGCGAAUUCUUCCUCAUUCCGUGGACCAGAUAUCGUUGAUAGCUUAUAUGGGUCAGAGCGCUCCGGGAGGUGACAUCCCAGAUCACUUCUCAGUGACCUACGUCAAGGGUUUCAUAAUGCUCACGUGGGACCUCGGUUCCGGGGUCCGUAGAAUCUUCACAAAGACUCCUCUCUCCAGCCAGGCUCACCGACCUCAUCUGCUGAGGGUUGGCAGAAGGGGGAGGGAAGCCUGGCUCUUCGUCGAUGGUGUUGGAAAUUUCACGGGUCAAGCUGCUGGGACUAUGACGCAAUUGGACGUUUCUCCGAUACUUUAUAUCGGUGGACAUAAGUCGAAAAAUUUUGAAUCACUGCCACACGACCUGCCCCUGCACACUGGCUUCACCGGUUGUAUUUAUGACGUGGAGCUGCAGACAGACAAUCAGGUCUUCCCUGUGACAAAAUCAAGUCCAGCCACUGGGCGAGGAGUGGGCGAGUGUCAUCGCAACGAGUGUACGCGAAAUGCAUGUAAAAAUGGAGCUGUCUGUCUGAAUCACGGCCCUACGUACAGUUGCAUUUGCAUGAAAGAAUGGGAAGGGCCUGAAUGCAGUGUUCCAUCGAAGCUAUGUCCUGCGUCAAACCCCUCGUGCCACAAAUACAGCGUAUAAAUUAAAAAUAAAUUAAUCAAGGAAUUUAAAUCAAUGUCAUUG